UCAAAAUAUGGAAAUUAAUAGUAUCGUUGUUGAUUGACAUCAGUAUUUUAUAAUUCAGUCGGUAUUAAAUUGCUAUUUAUUACGUUAUGAAAUUAAAUAUGCAACAUUAAGCAAAUCUAAUGAAUGCAAUUUAAUCCAAGUAUAAUGAAUGAUGCUUAUCUUUCAACAAGAUUUUUUCUAUUAAUUUCUUCCAUUUUUUCCAGUAUUUAAUAAACGCAUAAUCAAAAUAUCAAAUACAAAUUAAACAAAAUAGUACCAACAUAUAAAUGCUUAUAAUAAGAGAUAUUAAUACAAAAAACAUGCCAAGCACGGUGUAAAAUGGAGGAAUAUAUUUUUGUCCUUGUUGUGGAAUGUCAACCGAAUGAAAAACCGGCAGACGAGAGCGCUACAGGUGUUUUACUAGGGGUGGAUGCGUCGUUCGAAAAAACCUGUUUUAGACCGUCUGCAAGGCGCCCUCGCUGCUAUAUUUCACUCAGAUUUAAUGAUACUACAUGUAAACAAUUUAGUUUUUAUCAAACAUUUUAUUUUGUAACGACUUAAAAAUAUGUAUAAGAAGUAUUCUUUUCUGAAAUAUUUGAAGGUCAUAUGAACCACCCCGUAUAGGUUCAUUGUAUCUCAAUGCUAUUCAAUAUUUGUUACUCCCACCACCUUUCCCUUCCAAAUAAUAACCCUGAACCGCAGGGUGCAUACUCGUAUGUUCUCAGUCUUCAGCCAACAACUGUGUAGACGUGUAGUGUGUACAAGGUUUCUAUCAGGUUUAUAUACAUUUCUUCUUUUAUUUUUAAAACUGUGUGCGUAAUUUUUUUAAAAUGACCAAGUUUCAAUGUGGAUUUUGUGGAAAAAAUUAUCAACGUAAAUCAUCUUUGAUUACACAUUUGUUAAUCCAUAAUCCUGAAGUAACAAUAAUGUGCGGAAUAUGCUCAAAUAAUUAUGCUCAUGUGUGGUAUCUCGUUAGACACAUCGAAUCAAAACACGGCUAUGCUAAUGGAACUGAAGAAUUUAAAAAAGCCAUGUUGGUAGACAUGGAUGCAUUAAUAGAACAACGUAAAUCGGGUAGUAAGCCAGUGGAGCCGAAAUUGGUUGCCGCCAAUGAAGCAAUCACACCACAGACGCCGGGUCCAUCCUGCAGUGGAUUCAAAGCCGACCUCAAUAAGAAGACCAGUGCAGACUCUCAAUCAUCAGGGCUUGAGCAACAAAAUAUGCGUGUAAAGGUAUCAUCUAACUUCGCAGUUGAUGAAGAUAUCUCGCCCGAAGAAAGUCAUUCGGAUAGUAUGUCCAGUCAAGAAAAUAUCUCUGAAAGGAAUGUUACAAAUACAAACUCGGAAUCAUCAAAUGACGAAGACAACUCCGAAAACGGCGAUGAUCACAACGACAACAGCCGAGAAGAAAGCGACAGCGACAGUGCCACCGACGACGACGACGGCGACGACGACGACGAUGACGACGACGACGACGAUGACGACGAAGACGACGACGACGACGACGACGACGGCGACGGCGACGCCGACGGCGAUAGUAGCGACAGUGGCGUUAAGAGCGGUGACACUGUGUUUAAUAGUUGCACCUACAGUAGGGGUGCUGAUAACAGUGAAAGCAUUCGUAUUGAUGACGGCGAAUUUAUAAUCGUCUUCCCUAACAUUAAUGAAAUAAGUGAUCAGCCGCGUGUGAUACACAAAAUAUGCAAGAGAUGCGGUCGUGUGAUGGAGAUAUAUGUUAACCAAAAUUAUGAUAUAUGUAUCUUCUGCCACCCACAAACGCCAUCGGAGGAGUAAUUUAAGAGUUUGAAUAUUAUCACUUAUUAUUAUACAACCAUUGUAUAUAUAUUUUUUUUUAAUUUUUAAUUUUUAAUUUAUACAAACA